UCCAGCACAGAGCGUGGGGGAGAGGAGGAAGAAGGACCCAGAGGGGGGUGACGUGUGUGUGUCCCCUUGUGCCUGCCCAUCUGCCUGCACCCCAGGAAUGGGGGCCCCAGUAACCUGCCUGCUGCUCCUCCUGCACCUCACAGCUGGGAUGUCUGCAGAGCCGCACUAUGUGGUGGUGAGCCCAGCCGAGCUCUACCACCCGCACACGGGGACGGUGUCAGUUCAUCUCGGCGACCUCAACGAGACCGUCCGGGUGAGCGUCCGGCUGGAGAGGGGGGAUGGGCCCAGCGCUAUCACCCUGCUGGAGAGAGAGGUCCGGGAGCCCCGUCUGCACGAGAACGUGCGCUUCCAGGUUCCAGCCCCGUCCGGGGGGCAGCAGGAAGUGGCAGAGCUGCACGUCUCGAUCCGGGGAGAUGCCCUGCAGUUCUCUGAGCGGAAGAAGGUGCUGCUGCGGGCGCUGCAGCCCGGGACCUUUGUGCAGACGGACAAGGCCGUCUACAAGCCGGGACAGACAGUGAAGUUUCGAAUCGUCAGUUUGGACAAAGACUUCGUUCCCAGUACCCGGAAGCUGCCCCUGGUGACCGUGCAGGAUCCCAGCGGGAACCGCAUCGCCCAGUGGCGAGAUGUGACUCCGCAGCAGGGCAUCGUGGAUCUGUCCCUCCCGCUGUCUGGAGAGCCGGCCCUGGGGACGUACGCCAUCGGGGCGCAGGGGACGAGGCACUCGUUCAGCGUGGAGGAAUACGGUGCGCAGCGGGGCCCAGUGCUGCCCAAGUUCGAAGUGACCCUGGAGCUGCCCCCCGUGGUGACGGUGCUGGAUGAGACGCUCCUGCUGCGGGUGUGCGGCCGAUACACCUACGGGAAGCCCGUCCUGGGGAGGGUCCAGGCCAGCCUGUGUUGGAAGGAACAACCAUCAUAUCACUGGUUCAGGUCAUAUGUGUCGCUAAUUCGGUGCACGGAGCUUACCGGCCAGACUGACAGCAACGGCUGCUUUUCCAGAGAGGUGGUUGUAGCUCCCGUUAACCUGACCCACUAUGGCUACAAGCUGAGCCUCCAGGCCCAGGCGUCUCUCGUGGAGGAUGGGACAGGGGUGGAGCUCAAUGUGACCAAGAGCUGUGACAUCGUGUCUGAAAUUGCUACGGUGACCUUUGAGGAUGCUGAUGAGACUUACAAGGCUGGAAUCCCCUACACUGGCAAGAUGCUCCUGAAGGCGGCAGGUGGCUCUGCGCUGAAGAAUGAGAAGCUGCAGCUCUUUGUUAGUUCUGGGGAUGAGAAUAAGAACCAGACCUUCCUGACGGACGAGUCUGGCAGAGCCUCCUUCGAGCUGGACACCUCCGGCUGGACCGGGAGGGUCACUCUGAGGGGGCGCUUCAAGCCAGUGGCUCACAGCUCUGUAUAUGGGAGACUCUCUCCCCGUUAUCCGGAUGCCGAUCAUAACCUGCAGCCCUUCUACUCCAAGAGCCAGAGUUUCCUGAAGAUCCGCGGGCUGGGAAGGGGGCUGCCCUGCGACCAGGCCCAGCAGCUCCAGGUGGAUUACGUCAUUGCUAGGGAGGCCCUGGGGAACGGGUCCAGGAGCCUGGAGUUCAUCUUCCUGGUCGUGGCCAAGGGAGCCAUCGCCAGGAUCCUCCACAAGGGGCUGGACCUCAGGGAGGGGGCUGGACUGAAGGGCUCCUUCUCUGUGGAGCUGCCCGUCGGCGCUGACCUGGCGCCCGCUGCCAAGGUGCUGGGUUACACGGUGCUGCCCGAUGGCGAGAUGGCUGCCGACAGCGCCCGGCUGCACGUGGACAAGUGCCUCCCGAACAAGGUGAAGCUGGCCUUCUCGCAGGACCGGGCCCUGCCGGGCUCAGAGCUCCAGCUGCGGGUGCAGGCUGCCCCCGGGUCCCUGUGCGCCGUCCGCGCCGUGGAUCAGAGCGUGCUGCUCAUGAAGCCCGAGGCCGAGCUCAGCGUUGACAUGGUCUAUAACCUGCUCCCGGAUUUUCCCCGAGGAGACUAUCCCGACGCAGUGCGAGACCCUGAGUCAUGUGAUGAAUCGCCCAUGACUAUAGGGAUUAGCAGCCAGACUCCCACACUGGCAAAUGCCUACAGCCUGUUUAAGGAUGCGGCUUUGAAAAUUCUCACCAACACCAAUGCCAAGCAGCCCUGUGAACAUGGACUCUCAAUGGACUUGUAUUAUGACUAUGAAUUCGCAUACCUCACAGUAGCAAGUGUGGAUGGUGAAGCAGGGACCCCAGCGAUCAACGGCCUGCUAGCGGCAGAACCCGGCACCCAGGAGGAGGCAGUGCCACGUGUGUACUUCCCAGAGACGUGGCUUUGGGACCUGGUGCCUGUGGGCGAGGGGGGCUCCAAGGACGUCCCAGUCUCGGUGCCCGACACCAUCACGGAGUGGAAAGCUGGGAUGUUCUGCACGGCGGAGGUGGGCUUUGGGCUCUCGCCCACGGCCACCUUCACGGCCUUCAAACCCUUCUUUGUGGAGCUGGCCUUGCCAUACUCCGUGAUCCGGGGAGAGGCCUUCGCCCUAAAGGCCACCGUCUUCAACUACCUGCGGCAGUGCAUCAAGGUGCGGGUGACGCUGGCAGAGUCUGCGCAGUUCCAGGUGCAGGCGGGCGAGGACGGCGCCUACACCAGCUGCCUCUGUGCAGACGAAGGGAAAACCUUCCAGUGGGAGGUGACGGCGAGCAGCCUGGGGGAGGUGAACUUCACCGUCAGCGCCGAGGCUCUGCACACCGAGGAGCUGUGCGGCAAUGAGCUGGCUGUGGUGCCGGCCCAGGGGCGAGUGGACACUGUGAUAAAGCCCCUGCUGGUCCAGCCGGGGGGGAUCCUGGAGGAGAAGGCGCACAGCUCCCUGCUCUGCCAGGAAGCCUCUGAAGAAAUCUCCUUGCAGCUGCCUGCGAACGUCCUGGAGGGGUCCGAGCGGGCCCACGUGACUGUCCUGGGAGACAUAAUGGGCACGGCUCUGCAGAACAUAGACCGCCUGCUUGCCAUGCCCUACGGCUGUGGAGAGCAGAACAUGGUCCGGUUCGCUCCCAACAUCUACAUCCAGCAGUACCUGGAGAAGAGCGGACAGCUGAGCCCAGAGAUCAGAGACAAGGCCAAGGGUUUCCUCCAGAGCGGCUACCAGCGUGAGCUGCUCUAUAAGCACAACGACGGCUCUUACAGCGCCUUUGGGGAGAGCGACGCCACGGGCAACACCUGGCUGACGGCCUUCGUUCUCAAGUCCUUUGGCCAGGCGAGGCCCUACAUCUCCAUCGACGAGAAGCACCUAGAAGACGCCCUAAGGUGGCUGCAGCAUCACCAGCUGGAGAGCGGCUGCUUCCGCAGUGUGGGGAAGCUGUUGAACAACGCCCUGCAGGGCGGCGUGGUGGAUGAGCUCUCUCUCUCGGCUUACAUCACGGCGGCGCUGCUGGAACUGGGGCAGCCGCUCAGGGACCCCAUGGUGACCAGGGCCCUCCAGUGCCUCCGGGAGUCGAGCACCAGUGACCUCUACACGCAGGCGCUGCUGGCCUACGCCUUCGGGCUGGCGGGGAGCACUGAGCUGCGGGACGCCCUCCUGCAGCGCCUGGCCGAGCACAGCGUCAGCGCCGGGGGACAGCUCCACUGGCAGAGGAAGGUGAAGGCCCUGCCCAGCCCCUAUGGGAUCCAGGCCCCGUCGGCGGAGGUGGAGAUGACGGCUUACGUGCUCCUGGCCUAUCUCUCCCUGCCCAACGUGUCUGCUGCCGACAUGGCGACCACCGCCCAGAUCGUCCGCUGGCUCAGCAAGCAGCAGAACCCCUACGGGGGCUUCGCCUCCACGCAGGACACGGUGGUGGCCCUGCAGGCCCUGGCCAAAUACGCAGCCCUGACGUACAUUGCGAGCGGGGCUGUGUCGGUGACGGUGAGCUCCCAGGCCGGGGCCCGGCAGCAAUUCCACGUGGACAACGCCAACCGGCUGGUGCUGCAGCGAGCGGCCCUGCAGGAGAUCCCCGGGCAGUACAUGGUGCGGGCCAGCGGCAAGGGCUGUGUCUUUGUGCAGCUGAUCCUGCGCUACAACGUGCCACCCCCAAAGAGCGCCGCGACCUUUGACCUGCGGGUGGAGACGGAGCCGAAGGAGUGCACCGAGAGCGCCACAUCCCGCUUCAGCCUCGUGCUGCACGCCCGGUACAGCGGGGAGCGCCCAGCCACCAACAUGGCCAUCAUCGAGGCCAAGCUGCCGUCCGGCUACAUCCCCGUCAGGAGCUCCCUGCGGCAGCUGGAGAAGCAGCUUUUGGUGAAGAGGCUGGAGGUGCAGAAUGACCAGGUGACGCUCUAUCUGGACCAGCUGACGAAGGAGGCGGCAAGUUUCACCUUCUCCCUGGAGCAGGAUUUCCCUGUGAAGAAUCUCAGAGCAGCCCCAGUGAGACUGUACGAUUACUACGAGACGGGUGAACACACAGAGGCUGAGUACAGCGCCCCCUGCGGCUCAGCCCCUGACGCCGACACGAUGGAAAAUUCCCGCUGAAGCCCCCGCCCCUGCUGGGCAGCCCCCUCCCCUCCCAUCCGAAGAGCCCCUUGCUGGCAGCCGACACCCCAGGAUCGAGGGGCACGGACAGGCCUCGUCUCAGCUGCUUCUCUUCCCCGAACCAGCUUCACUAUCCCCCUUAGCACCUUCUUCAGCCAACGCCUCCCCGUUCGCUCUGCAAACAUCCCACCUGCUCUCCCAUCUCUCAGCCCCCAGACCAGCCCCUUGUGAUCCCAGCUGUCUGUCACACGCGGGGAUCAGCAGCUGCAGUGGGGACCCCUGCGGUUUGCUUCCCGUCCUGCCUGGAGCAGCAGGUUCAGCGUAAAACAAAAUAGAAAAACCCACCUGUU